AUGAAUACUGUAGCUUGGGCAUCCGCCCCUCUUUUACUUAGCGAAAUGGCACCUACAACAAUAAGAAAUAUGAGCUAUGGAUUUGUUUCUACAAUUGGGGAACUUGGAUCUGUACUUGCUCCUUAUAUGAAAAGAAUUGGGGAUGAAAAUAAACAAAAAGGAAUAAUUGCAUUAAUGUCUAUUUUGGCUGUUUUGGUUUCGAUGAUGGCACCAGAAACAGUUGGAAAAUCAUUACCACAAGAUUUGGACGAUUUUGAUUCUGGUCCCUUUAUAAAUUUUAUUAAAAAAUGUCGUAGAGUAAUACGUCCAACAAAAAGGGAAGACAAAAGGAAAGAAAAUGGGAAGUUAAGCGAAAAUGUUAUUUUCUUAGAAGAGAAAAGGGAAGACGAAAAACUACAAAAUGCUCAUUAA